AUGAGGUCUCAGGAAGAUGUGGAGACUUUCAUGGGUAUCUGCGGGACUAGCAAUAGCGGAUUGGCUAAGCAUUUCCUUGAAAUGGCAGGUGGCAACAUGGAGACGGCUAUUUCUUUGUUCUUUGAGCACGGUGGAGAAUCGCAAUUAAAGGAGGGCAGUGCUCGGGAUGUUCCUGGGUAUGGUGGUAUUGGCACUGGUGAUGAUGAGCUGCUGGCAAACACGUUACAGCAGGAAGCAUACCACGAAGAAAGUAGCUAUCGUCCUCCUGAUCAGGCAAGGCAUGAGCAGUUGGUAGAUACACAGUUCUUUCCGGGGCAAUAUGCUGGUGUAGGGGGCAUGUUCCAACCUCUACGGGGUGUACGUGAUAUGUUUGAUGAUAGUAGGCCCUCAGGUAUUUUCAAUCAGCAACUUUCUGAUGAGCAGCUGGGCAGCGAAAGCGAUAACAGUGAUGACUAUUCUUACGCUGAGGAUAGGCAUCGGCAAUAUGAGUAUGCUGAAGAAACGGUUGUAGAGGUUGAUGAUGACGGUAAUCUUCGUGAAUACACCAAGAUAGUUCGCAAACCGAAGGCCGUGAGUAAAGAGGAAAGGAUGACCUUGCUUUUCAGACCUCCAUUCGAUAUGAUGAGUAAAGUCGAUUUGGACCAUGCCAAAUUAUCUGCUCGUGAAAAGAAAAAAUGGAUCAUGAUCAAUAUCCAAGCUGUGGAUAUAUUUCAAUGCCAGAUGUUAAAUAGAGACUUGUGGUCUGAUUCCAAGGUGAAGAGGUUGAUUAAAUCAAAUUUUGUGUUUUUACAAUAUCAAUAUGAAUCGCGUUCUGCUCAAAGCUACGUACAGUUCUAUGACCUUAAUAAUAGAGAUGAUCUCCCACAUAUUGCCAUUUUGGAUCCAUUGACAGGUGAAAGAUUAAAACAAUGGAAUAGAGACGUCCCUAAACCUGACGCUUUUAUAAAGACAGUCGAAGAGUUCCUUUCCGAUUUUUCGUUAGAUCCAGCUGCAGCUAACCCUACAGUUAAAGAACCUACCCCAGAACUAGACCCUACUACUCUGACUGAGGAACAACAAGUAAGUCUGGCUAUCCAAGAGUCUUUGAAUCGACCAGGAGAUCCGUCAGACGCCAAAGAUGACAAUACUGAAGAUGAUGACGGUGACGGCGCCGCUGCUGGUGCUGUCAACGAGAAUCCGCAACCUUCAACACCAGCAGGUGAGGAUGCGGAUCUCGUACUAUUUCAAUCCAUUAAACCUGUAUCUCACUUGGAACCAGAUAACGAACCAGGAGUGACUACUAGAAUUCAGAUUCGUACUGGCGAUGGUAAGAGAAUCAUAAGAAGAUUCAAUGCUAAGCAAGACACAGUAAAGACAAUAUAUGAAGUCAUCAAAUCUGAGAUGGAUGAUUAUAGAACCGCUCGGUUUUUAUUGACUACACACACUAGGGAAAACUUGAUCAACAAGUUAGAUGAGACCAUCAGUGGCGCUGCGUUGGAAAACAGUUCUAUACUGUUAGAGAGGAUUACAGAGGGGUAG